AACAUCUCGCGAGCGGGGUUGUGUUUUGAAAGGUUCGCGGACGCCGUUUUACGGUAUAUCGGUUCGAAUUGAAACGCGGAAGAACACAAGAAGAGGAGGACGGCUGCGGUUGUCGACGCAGCUCGACGUUUCCCAGAAUACCCGCUUACUGAUGCGAGAGCGGUCUCGUGCGCCGUGGAGUCGUUUUUCUCUUUUCAAUGAUAUCCAUAAACCAAGAGGGGAAGAUCCAGCACGGGAUGUGAUACGUCGGAACACUUUGGAUUCACCUCGCAGCCGCGCUCGAGUAUGGGCUCACCUUUCAGGCUGUUGUUGGUGGAGUUCGUGAGGGGUAAUGUUUCAUAAUGGGGUGAUGUUCGUCGCUGAAUGUCACGCUGCUGGUGUUUGCAUCAUAAUCCCUCAACUGACAUCCAGACGUUAUCUCCUAGAACUGCGCGAGAAGCAUCUCCAUGAGGUUCCCUCCGAGUAAAAGUUGCAUCCGUCUCACACUGUCCAAGACAUCUAACAGCCCUGUCUCGUGUAGCUCACAGACUUGAGGUAUGAAAAUGGAUAAACUCACCAUUAUUUCAGGAUGUCUCUUUCUCGCGGCAGAUAUCUUCGCGAUUGCGAGCGUUGCAAAUCCAGACUGGAUCAAUACAGGAGGUCAAGAGGGAGCUCUGACUGUUGGUCUAGUCAAGCAAUGCCAGACCAUCCAUGGUCGAACCAGGGUAUGUAUCUCACCAAGCCUUCCUCCAGAAUGGAUCACUACCCUGUUCUUCAUCAUCUUAGGCAUCAUCUCGCUCUCUAUCACAUGUGGCCUGCUUGUGAUCUCACACUGGAGGCGAGAGGCUACAAAAUACGCCCGCUGGAUCGCCUUCAUGGGAAUGGUCCUCUUCUGCAUGGCCGCUCUCAUAUUUCCAGUCGGAUUUUACAUCAAUCAAGUCGGUGGACAACCUUACAAAUUACCCAAUAAUACGGUCGUUGGGUCCUCAUAUGUACUGUUUGUUUUAUCAAUAUUUUUUACAAUAGUUGGACUUCUUUUUGCAGGUAAAGUCUGUCUGCCCGGCUGACAAAUCCUCUGUUGUAAUUUAAUUUUUAAUUUUUUGACUUUCAAUGCCAGUGUUGGUUCAAUGAUGACAAAGAAUUCCACUUUAAAGGGAUGAAUCACUGACACGAAAGGGCCUUUUUUUGCAGUGGAUGUUUUAUUAAAAGGAUAUUGUCAUUAAAAGAUUUACAUAAGCAGUAAUGUACAGUCAGUCAUUAAGGCCAAAUAAAUCAUCCUUGUAUUACACAGAGGGGAUUUAUUUUUGAAUAAUGACUGGCAGGCUGUACAAUAUCCUGCUUAUGACAAGGCUACUCACCAAAUAAAUAAAGAAUAAUGGACAUAUGGCAUUGAUUUGAGUUUAAAUGAUGUUUAUAGCAUUUGACCUGUAUAUUACUGUAAAGAAAUGGUUCAGUCAAAAAUGAACAUUUGCUGAAAAUGUACUCGCUGUCAUGUUAUCCAAGAUUGCAAAACAGAAAUUUAGCAUUUCGUCACUUGGUAACCAAUAGAUCUUCUGCCAUGAGUGAGUGCCAUCAGAAACAUAUAUAACUGAUAAAAAAUAUCACCAUAAUUUAUAAUCAAUUAACACCUUGUGGAAUGAAAGCUGUGUAAAAAAAAAAACUCCCUAAAAUUUUAAUUCUUGGCUAGAAAACAAAACACAACAGGCCAAUACUAGCAAAUUACUUUUAUCAGCUUUUCUGCAUGUUAAUAAAUAAAAAAUGAAUGAAGCGCACUUGCAUGAGA